CUUAACUUUAUUCUCACCAACCCAGCCUUACCAGCACAGCCCAGAGUCACCAACAAUAUUACAGAUACACCCGCAUAUGUAAUGUCCAUAGACCUCGACUGGGAGGCAGCGACCUCGGGGCCCGACGGCGAGGAACUUGCAGAGCGAAUCCGGUCAUUCAUCCACGACAAGUUCCAGCAAGUUCCUCUGCCCCGCUUCAUACGUUCAGUGCAAGUCCACUCCUUCGAAUUCGGCAAAAUUCCUCCCGAGCUCGAAAUCAAGGACCUAUGCGAUCCAUUCCCCGAUUUCUACGAAGAAGAUGACGACAGUGCAGAUGGAUAUAGUGGAUAUAGUGUGUCGGAACCGUCGAAUCCCUCCAACGAACCGACGACGGAUCAGCGGACCACGAGUCGCGCGAGCACGGAUAUGUAUGAUGAUUAUAGCAAUAACAAUGGGCUAUUUGCGGACUCUAGGAUGCGACCGCCAACCCUGGAUUUUCGACAUCAGCCCUCCCUCCGCUCCCCGAUCGGCCUGGGCGAUCAUUUGAACUCGCAGUUUAGGUCGGGCUCGCCCAGUAUUCUGCCAGGAGGUACGUCUAAUUUGGGGUACCACUUGAUGCUUGGGAGCUUGUCGGGAUCCCAAACUCCCCUCGCUGCUGUCGCAAGUGGUUCGACGUUUUCUUCUGGCUGGCCAGAUGUAGUGCAUGAAACUCGGGGGAUUGGAGGCUCUUCAAUGGCAAAUGCUGGGGGUAGUGUACGCCGGGGGUCUGAGAUUGAGGUUGAUAAUGGCUCGCCAUCGCGGCCGUCAACAGCAAACACCAAUCCAACACUUCUAUCGCAAGGAAGAAGCGCAGCGGGCAGUUCAUCAAAUAAUACAAGCAACGAUCCUACCGUUAUUUACAACGACCACACAUCUUCAGUGGCUCACACACAUAUUCAAGAUGACGCGUCAUCGAUAAUAGCAGAUCGACAUGAAACACCACGGCACCUACGCGAACGACGUCCUGAAGAUUUCCAAGUGAUUUGCCGUGUCAAAUAUGCUGGAGACGUGAAGCUCUCCCUUACAGCAGAAAUAUUGCUCGACUAUCCCAUGCCGAGCUUCGUCGGCCUUCCACUUAAGCUGAAUAUCGCAGGGGUCACUUUUGAUGGCGUCGCUGUUGUAGCCUAUAUUCGAAAGCGAGCUCAUUUAUGUUUUCUAUCUCCGGAAGAUGCAGAUGCUUUCUGCGGCGAAGAAGAUCAAACAGGCCGUCCAAAUGCCACUGCGAGUGACGACGCCGAGAAUCAAAUCCCCGCCAGGAGACGUUUUGGCAGCUUACUCCAACAGAUACACGUGGAGAGUGAAAUUGGCCGUAACGAGAGCGGGAAACAAGUCUUGAAAAACGUGGGCAAAGUAGAGCGAUUUGUGCUUGAUCAAGUUCGCCGCAUUUUUGAGGACGAGUUUGUCUUUCCCAGCUUUUGGACCUUCCUUUUAUAAUAAGCAAAGCGAGCGACUUUCGGCCAGGCUCUGUAUUUCUAUGAUAAUAUAACACUCCCCAAAGAUAUUACGAAAUUAUGUGAUAAAAGAAUAAACA